CCCAAAUGUUCGUCACGUAUUUGCUUUAAUGGCUGCCGUCAAUGUAUUGAAUAAGAUCUAAUGGCAAAACAAUGGCCUCAUAUAGAGAAUUAUUAAAGGAGAAGGAAGCCCAGAACUGGGUAAAGGCUGCCCUCGCCCUCAACAUCACCAAGGACGGAUUACAAGAUUUUCUGGAGGAUGUACUGACAUGCGUUCACCAGGACAUCUAUAGCACCGUUAGAACAUCCAAGGGUCUUCCACCCGGGGCAGCAUGUGCACAUUGUUUCACAGAAAACGUGUUGAAGUGCCCAACUCGUGGGAUAUGCACCAGUACUAGAAACUGUAGAUUUCAUAACUAUCCUCAAAAACUGUAUGCUCCUUGUCCAAAUGGGAUUUGUGAAGGCGUCCGUGAUGAAAUAGUCAAACAUCACAGGUUUUCGGGACCAUCAUGGAAGAAUACGAAUGCCGACAAAUGGAGCACCAUUCCCUGGGAGAUAGGCAAGUGUUUCCUGCCUCCCGAUGGCUACAAGACCGUGUCCUCCAUCAAAGACAGUGACUUUAACGGAGUGAUCAGCGUCAUGAUAAAUUGCGAGGAUUUCAAAACCAAACUGUCAUUUAACGUUGCGACACAGCAAAAUUUAUUAACAGAGGUUCGAGACAUUGGUCGACACGUACGCCACUCCAAUGACCAGAGAGUCAAGGACACAGAACUAGUGGACUUCCUGUUCAAGCUACGCACCCUGCUGGAGGAUAAGACUGAACUAGCAAACCGACCCGAGGCACAACAUGCCGUGGAACAGCUUAAGAAGCUUCAAACAGACGAUUUCAAGCUCAGUGCUGAGAACGAAGGGGAGAUAUUGAAGGAAGGACUGCGACUACGUUUGGCAAACCAUUACCGAACCACUUUGGCCGACAUGCCGAUAUCUCCCAUUCUUGGAGAAAAGAACGCCAAACUCGACAAAUUCUACGUGGCACCGAAAAUUGUGGAGAAAAAUCAUAGAAAAAUCGGCAAAAAUGACAAGGAAGGAAGCGGUAAAGAUGUUGUAAAAAUUUCAGAUGUUUUCCUAGGAAAAGGUCAGUUGCUCAGAAAUGUUUUCCUUGUUGGGGAACCGGGAAACGGAAAAUCCACAUUCUCCGUAAUGUGUGCCCUGGAAUGGACCCACCAGUAUUUACCAGCGGAGGAAAACGUCGGUAUUAAAACAAGCUUUGCCGACCCAGAAUUCUUCAAAGAGUUUGCAUUUUUGUUCCAUGUCACCCUACGAGAUGCAGGUAAAACGUGUGAUCUAGCACAAAUUAUCAAGGAUCAACUUAUACGUAAAAUCUACCACGAGAUGGAUGCCGAUGAUGGCUUCCGGCUAUUGCAGACGGUGCUGGAAAGUGAGAAAUGUUUAAUUAUAGCUGACGGCCUCGACGAAUGGACCCAUCCGGAAAACGUAAACUGUGCCUGCAAAACUGAGGAAAAAGUCAUCCCUUUCCGAAAUUCGGCCAACAAAGCCACACUCCUCACGACAACGCGUCCAUGGCGACUGUCACAGUUCAGAGUGCAGGAUUCAAAGAUCGACAAAUAUCUUGAAAUAGAAGGAGCUGCAGACACAAAGCAACUCGUGGAAAAUAUCAUCAACAUUCUUAAUGAGGAUUCUGAGGAUGAACGGACACCAGAGGCUUUCAUGGAAAUGGUGUCAGCGAAAGGUCUUAAAGGAUUAUUGUCAGCACCUAUCAGUAUCACCCAGCUCGUGUGCCUGUGGUUCGAGGGCAAAUCGUUAACCGAUUCAAAAUGUGACAUUUAUGCUGGCGUGAUAGACAUGCUGUCAUGUAGACUUAGUGAUAUGCAAAGCGGGAUUAACAUUCCGAAAAUUGAACUGCCAUCUGUAUUAAAGGAACACGAAUGUUUCAUGCAAAAUCCCACGGUUUACCUUGCGCUGGCAAAGUUAGCAUUCACAACUUUGUAUUCAGAGUGCAGAGAUUCGUCUGUUGUUUUCAGCAACAAAACAGUCAACGCUUUGUUAAGCAGAGAGCAGGUUGAAUUUGCAUUGAAGUCAGGCUUACUCACGGAGAAGAAAUCCAACUCAUUAAUCAAGAGAUCAUCUCACUUUUCAUUCUUUCAUAAAACACUUCAAGAGUUUUUAGCGGCUCUUCAUUUAUGUUUAAAUGAAAACGACUACAGUCAGCUAUCAAACAAGUACGAACAUGAUAAUAAGGAAAAUAUCUUGGGAGAUGUUUCUCAGACAUUUAUUUUCAUAUGUGGAAUGAAGCCCGAGCUCGGUGUACAAAUGUCUUCAUGGAUCAAUAGUUCUAUACCAGACGUGUCUUCAUGGUUCAAUAGUUCUAUACCACCAUACCAACCAUCAAUCUACUAUAGAAAGGCUAAACUACUUCAGGACCUGAUUCUCUCCGGACUCCGUGAAGCCAAGGCGAACAACUAUGGUGACAUACCGCUCUAUCUCGCACACUUCUGGAUUGAAAGUGACGAGGAUGUCGUAGUGUUAAAAAAGCUGAUGAUGAUAAACAAGGAACGUAUUCAGGCACUAUACAUCUGGAAAUGCAAUGAUCAAAUUAAUGGGGAAGAGCUGCAGGAGGUGAUCACAUCCUCCUCCGACUCCCUCAAAGCAGUGAUACUGUAUAAGCGUGAUGGGCAGUAUGACCUGUCCCAGUGUCACAGGCUGGAAUGUCUGGAUAUACACGGAGACAAUACAACACGUAAACAUAUUACAACAUGUCAAUUUAAACACGAUCAAAGGCGGAGUAAACUACAGUUACUUGUGGAUACACUACCAAGUCUCCCUCAGUUACGACGCCUUGCGCUAUGGCUUACAGAUCUAGGUGAGCUCCACCUCCUCCCUCCAGCCUCCAUCACCGAUAUUAUACUUUAUGAAGUGACAAUGACAGCGGGGGCGAUGCGGGGUCUGAUAGAGACGAUGAAGAACAUACCACACACCAUUACAUGCGACAUGUGGAACUGCCGGGUGAAACCUGCCAGUGUGAUGAAAGACAUCCGAGAACAUAUGGACAGUUCGCCGUCAUUCAAGGUUCUCGAGUUUGACAAUACGAGUAGUGAACGGCUUCAAUUCGAAUUCACCAAAAUGUGAACAAUAAGUUAAAUGUUAGCAUCGAUUAUGGGAAUUCAUGUUUGAUGAAAAACAGUGAAACAAUCAAUGGGGAAGUGUCAUUCUAUUUAUAGAAAUAUAUGUUACUUUUCCAGGAACUAAUUAUUAUCAACCACUUUCUAUGUGUAUUCAAAUUUAAUUUGAUUUAUGUUGUGUAUUUACUUGCAUCCUAAAAUAGAUUUAACUGUACACAGCAAUGUCGUUGUGGCUGGUGUUAUUAAACAUAUCGAACUUGGAUGAAAACUUUCUUUUUUUAAUUAUAACACAAAAGUCCGUAAUCAACACGUGCAAU